AUGAAGAAAACACUUACAAGAUAUUUAGUUGAAAUACCAACACAUGAAUAUUAAGAUAAGAAGGUCUAUUAUGUUAUCAAAGUAACCAAUUUGGAGACUAAUGAUUACAAAGAAGUCAAAAAACGUUACUCUGAAUUAGAAUCCAUCCACUAUAAAAUUUUGGACUGGAUAAGCAUAUUCAAAAUUAAAAUCCCUUAGUUAUAAUUUCCAAAAAAAAAACUUCUUUUCAGCACUAAUCUAUCGGAAGAGAGUGUUAUUAAGCGAAGGGCUGAAUUAUAAUAAUAUUUUAAUGAUGUUAUCCAACAUCCUGAAUUACAAAGUUUAGGGUCCAUCGAAGAAUUCAUACCAGUUACAAAAAACCGAAAACUUCCUGAUCAGAAUUAAAUUACACAAGCAACUAAUAAUUAAUGGUCAGAAAUAGAAGCAUUAAAAAAGUCUUACUUGGCCAAACAUGAGAAUCAAGUUUUUUCAUUGCCUUUACAAAAACCAUAAUAAUAAAUUAAAUAACAAUACACUUUUAAGUUUGGAGAUCAUGCAUUCUAUGAUAAUUCUGCUAUUUAUACCAUCGAAAUUACUGAUCAUUAUGCUAAUAAGAGCUGGAAAUUUAAUUAAAGAUAUCAAGACUUGAAGGAAAAUCAUAGAUAAUUAAAAAAAAUCAAAAUUCCCUUUGAAUUGCCAGAGUUUCCCCAAAAAAAGGUCAUAAAUUCCAUGGAUAAUAGUGAUUUAAAAGACAGAAAAACAUAAUUAGAAGUGUACCUCAACUCUAUCUUUAAAUAUCAUGAAUUAGUUUCCAGUAACCUUAUGGUCUUCUUCAUUGCCAAAAGCCAAUUGGAUGGCAAUGAAAUAGGAUGUAGAUCAAAAGGGCCUUCAUAAACAACCCUAGAAAAUUCAAGUAUAAAAAGCCAAUCAAAUAUCUUGGAUUAAAAUGAUGACUUUGAUCCCAAACAACCGAGAAAAAUUACCUGUUGA